UUUAAAGUCGUCAUGAUGACGUUGUUACAAUGCGCAGCCAGCGCAACCUCCCAGUCUGCUCGGUGGAAUAAACAAGAUGAUGUUAUCGGUGUAGUAGUGUUAUAAGUUCAUCGCAGAACACAACAAGGGACGCCGGAUAUUCUCUUUCGUUAAAUUUGUGACAAACCGUUGUUCACAGACUAAGAAGUGGACCGCAGAUACUGCAAUGCCUCUGCUGUUUUUGGAGAGGUUCCCUUGGCCCAGCUUGCAGACCUACACAGCACUGAGUGUGGCUUUGCUUGCUGGUAGCAUUUUCAGUGCCUACACCACUGUGACUGAUCCUGGCUUUGGGGCGUUGGAAACAGAGGAGAGCCCAUCUCCCUCGGAAGUGAAUCUUGAUAACCCAAACAAUGAUAUUAGUAAUACAGAACUGGCAACCACUGUCCUGUGGUAUCUUGUCACAGACAGUCUUUUCGUAUGGGUGCUGGUCAACACAUUCUGCUGCUUUCUGAUGUUAAUCGCUAAAAUAAUUCAAUAUGUGGUGUUUGGUCCACUGAGAGUCAGUGAGAAACUGCACUUGAAAGAUAAGUUAUGGAACUUCAUCUUCUAUAAGUUCAUUUUCAUCUUUGGCGUAUUGAACGUGCAGACAGUGGAUGAAGUGGUCAUGUGGUGUUUGUGGUUCUCUGCCCUGGUCUUUCUCCACCUCCUGGUGCAGCUCUGCAAAGACCGAUUUGAAUAUCUGUCAUUCUCCCCCUCCACUCCCAUGAACAGCCAUGUGCGAGUGCUUUGUCUGCUGGCCUCCCUGCUGCUGAAUUGCUGUGGCCUGGCUGUGGUCUGUGGUCUGCUCGGAGCUUCCCACGGUGCACACACCCUCUCCUUUAUGGCAGCAGAGUGUCUUCUGGUGACUGUGCGUACUGGGCAUGUCAUCAUGCGGUACUCCAUUCAUCUGUGGGAUCUUAACCAUCCAGGGACUUGGGAGAGUAAGGGAACAUAUGUCUAUUACACUGACUUCAUCAUGGAGCUAGCGAUGUUGUUUCUGGACCUCAUGCACCAUAUCCACAUGCUGCUUUUUGGAAACAUCUGGCUGUCCAUGGCGAGCUUGGUUAUCUUCAUGCAGUUGCGGUAUCUCUUCCAUGAGGUUCAGCGCCGUGUCCACCGACACAAGAACUACCUUCGUGUGAUCAGCAACAUGGAGGCCAGAUUUGCUGUUGCUACUGCCGAGGAGCUGGCAGCUAAUAACGAUGAUUGUGCCAUCUGUUGGGAUACCAUGUUGACAGCACGCAAACUACCCUGUGGCCACCUCUUCCACAACUCUUGUCUGCGCUCAUGGCUCGAGCAGGACACCUCAUGUCCAACAUGUCGGACAUCCCUGAACAUUAAUGGGGAUGGGGGCCAGGCGAGAGGCCAGCAGCAGGGCGGUGAUUUGGAAGACAACAUCGGCCCUGUAGGAGCUGCUCCAGAGGCCAGACCCCAUAUCAACCAACACAACCACUUCUUCCACUUUGAUGGAUCUCGCAUUGCCAGCUGGCUGCCCAGUUUCUCAGUGGAAGUAAUGCACACUACCAAUAUCCUGGACGUUGCUCAGGCCAACAACUCCCAGCUCAUGGCCAUGGCUCAUCAGGUCCAGGAGAUGUUCCCUCAGGUGCCCUCCUACCUGGUUAUGCAGGACCUGCAGUUGACCCGCUCUGUGGAGGUCACCACAGACAACAUUCUGGAGGGGCGCAUCCAGGUCCCUUUCCCAGCACAGGCCAUAGAGCAUGGCCCUUUACAGGUGAACCCUGCUCUAGAUGGGCAGGCAGGGCCCAGUGGAGCAGCUGAGCAGGGCCUCAGUGAAUCAGACAACAUGGAGGUCAGAGGAGGUCGCUUCUCCAAGUCAGCUGAGGAGAGGCAGAAGAUGUUAAAGCAGAGGAAAGAAGAGAUGCUCCAGCAAGCACGCAGGAGAUACCUGAACAAAACUCCAGAAGACCUGGAUGAGGAUUUGCCUGGACUGGAGGACACUCUCCUAGAAUUGGACUCAACUGUGCUGAGGCGUAGUACCAUGGCAGCAGCCGCAGAGAGACGCAUGCAAAACCAACAAGAUCCUGCACCCUGAUACACAGGUUGACAUCAUCAGAAGAGUCUGCCACAUCAUCAUCCCAAGAGGCACAGACAGAGUUACUUCAAUCUUUCCCCAUUUGGUGUACAGUCAGUGGUCACCGCCUAUUCAAACCUGUAAUUAAAAAGCAUUGCAAA